AUGUUCGUUCGACGAUCGCAAUCUUCAGCGCCGUUGCAAACAGAUCGAACCUGGUACUAUGUCUCCAAAAACAUAGAAGACUUCCUGAGGGAGCACGAUGCCGUGACGCUUCAUUCCGACCAGACCAAUGUCAAUGAACUUUUCAACCUCUUGUCCGUUCACCUGGGACCCAAGCAGAUGCGAAUUUCCGUUGCUGCUACGAACUUGCCUUCCCCUUACGGCGCCGACUUACCCCCAUCGAAAUGGUCAGAAACUUCCUCCACAGUGCAGCCGAAAAAGCGGUCGCCGUUGCCUCGGGGGACAUGCAAGCUUUCGGGAGUCUACCGCUGGCCGUUCGACGUCGACGAAAGCGAGGAAGCCGUCCCAUGGGCUUUGAGGCGGCUUAUUGAGAGUUCGACGUUACAGGGCUUCAAGCGCCGUCGAGGACUGGCCCAUUUUCCGGACGACUUCCAGGAGAACCGUUACAACGUGCUCUUUGGACCUUUCAAUCGCAGUGGGCUGGUGUUGAGCUUGAGGCAAUGCAAGGCGCUUCCCUGUGACGUCGCUGUGCUUGCAAUCGACACUCGGGAGAAGUGGCUUCAUUACAUCGAGCGAGGACAUGGACGCUUCUUAAUCACUCACUUUCCACCGCUGAGCCACGUUGUGGGAACGAUGGUGGAUGAGGCUGCGUUCACCGACGAGGUCGCCAUGGAUGUCUACGGAAUCUUCGACGACUGCACCGUUGGCCUGGCGGUGCAAGGAUCCGCCCUCCCGGCACUCAUAGCAACGAAACCGAGCUCGGACGAGCUUGACUCAAUCUCAAUUGCCGAACUCCCAAUGGAAGCGAGGGGCAUCAACGGGGUCACUGUUCUCUUCCUCGCCUGUCUAGUUCUACGAGCUGGAGCCGCUGCUUCCAAGCUCUUGAACAUGCAGAAAGCCGGUGCUGUCAUCCUGGCCGAUAUGGCAGAUAAAGGUCUGGGGUGGGUAAUGCAGCCUGCGGAUCUCUCAGCAGUCGUGCAGGGUUGGAUAGGUGACGCGCUUCACGCGAGACUGGCAAAAUUUCCCCUCCCUAGGGUCGCACUCCUUUUGGAAGCUUGGGCCGUCCGUCCCAGUGGUCUCUACAUCAGCGUCAGUAAUCGAUCGAUUCCCGAUUAUGAGCGCCUUGCCGGCGACAUUCGAAGGCUCGCUCCGACGAACUGUCUAGAUGCCAACUCAUCCCUCCGGGACGUGGGUGCUCACCUCGCUUUUGCGGCUGUCUUCGCAGGGUGCAGUGCGGGAACUGCGCUGGCAGUCAUCAGCCGGGCAACAACUCAAGGGUCAUUUCCAUCUGCUGUGUCCACAUCACCUGAGAACGCUGGUAACAUUUGGCCUGAGGAGCAUCUGCUGGACUCUUCAUUCAUAACCGAGAACAGUUGUCUGCGGUUUCAGGCGCGUCUGCAAAGACUCCUCGGCGGUUUGAAGAAACCAAAUAGGCAAGACGUGCUUGAUCAAAUAGACAAGUCUUUCACCCAAUUGGCAAGGGGUGUCACCGGCGAUCUUCGACGUGAGCUUCGUCUGUUAUUUUAUCGAUCUUGCUUGGUCAGCAUGACCGGCGGUCACCUGGUCGAUGACGGCAGACGCCCUUUGACAUGGCACAGCAAGUCGCUGAGACAAAGUGCAAGGGUAACUACCGCUGUCCAUCGGGCGCAGCCGGAGCCGGUCCCGAUAGAGUGGCCACCUCUCCCAGUCGGCAAUGGCCGCUCUUGGAGCUUCACCGUUGUCGCUGUGUGCGUUAUCGGAAUGCUUGUACUCGUCACUGUCUCCACCCGGCUCCCCACAUCGCCGACCGCUCACUCUUCCUCUUCUCAACGGCAAGGAGUGUCCCUUUUGCGGCAGAAACCGAUGUAUUUGGGAAUGGGCCGCCUCGAGGGCACUUAUCUCGCCGGUGAUGAAAUGAUCGUAUCUGCCGGUGACCAUGUCUACGUUUUGGAGGAAUUGUGGGAAGACUGGUACAAGAUUAAGAGCCUCGAGGGCCACACAGGUGUAAGACAGCUAGCCUAUGUCCUCUUCAACGCUAACCACAGCUGGUUCCUAAAUCCCUCUUGUACUUUGUGUUGCGUUGUCCGUAGAAUCCACUAUACCGGCUUGCAUGAACCCGGGUCCAGAAUCGCUGGGUUGCGCUCCGUCUAA